CAGCCCAGAAAAUCCUGGCGAUGACUCUGAUAUGGAUUUCAGAUUUAGCAUCCUUUUACUUUGAUUGUGGCUGCCAAUUUUUUAGCACUCACAUUUAGACAAAAUGAAAUAUGUUAUGUUAAUGCUAUGACUUGUUUUUAAUUAUUACAAAAUCCUUUUUUAUCAAGGUAUUGAUAUUUCAAAUGAUAUGAUCAACGUUGCCAGACAAAAAUAUCAACUCGCAAACGUAACGUAUGAAGUUGCAGACGCUAACAACUUUGUUGAAAAAUUUCCCAAGUGGGAAGGUAGAUUUGACAAGGUUGUUUCAGUUCAUGCUUUACACUGGGUACAGGAUAAAGCUAGUGCAAUGCGUAACAUCUACAACUGCCUAAAAAUCGACGGGGGGUGUUUUCUCUUGUUCUGUGGACCGACACAUCAAAUGCUAGGCCAAAAACCUGAUGAACUUCCCUAUUAUUUGAAACAUCACAGCAAUUGGAAGAAACACCUCAAGGGUUACGUUCACAGAAUGUACAAUCAGUUUGACCUAGAUGACACCCAGAAGUUGUUGGAAUCUGUAGGUUUUGAAGUACUUAGUGGAACGUCACAUACUCCAUGUGAAAAUAUAGACAUCUCCAGUGAAGACGAAUUAAAAGAAUACCUGCGUACACUCCUUGGGCACCUAGGAUAUUUGCCACAGCAGUACCAUACAGAGUUUAUUCAAGAUGCGAGUGACUGGUGUUAUAAAAAAUUUCCUAUCAAUCAAUUAGGAAAUAUAUACAAUAAGGUGACAGUAAUUGUCGUUCAUGCUGUUAAAAAGAAAAUUGUGUCAGACACACAAAAAAAAUAAAUGGAAUUCAAAUUAUAUUGCCACUUUGGAAUUCAAAUUAUAUUGUAACCAUGAAAACACAAGGUCUUUCGUGGUUAUGACCUCCAUCAUUGUAAGGGAUGGAGGCUGGGCUUUUUUUCUUUCAAAGAUAUGAAUGAAUUUAUAAUAUUCAUUAAAUGUCUACAAUGUCAGUCGCUUGAAGCACACAAUCAACAGAUCCAAGUUCCAUAUACAUUUUUAUUUAUAAAUAUUAACAGUGGACAAUAUUGAGAGAUGAAUUCGCAAUCCACCUAGUUAACAAUGACAUAAUACUCUUUACUAAAAACAUCUAACGUUAUGAUUAAAAUAUACAAAUUGAAAUAUUUAUAUACAUUUAAAAAUGACAUAAUAAUAAAAAUAGUAAUAAAAUAUCGGUCUUCUUUUCACAUAAUGGCUCUUGCUAUUUUGUCCAUAGCAUUAAUUGUUGUCAUGUCACAAAAAAAAAAAAAAAAAAUAUUACGAUGUAAAUUAAAAUAAAAGACAAGGUCUGGAAUGUCAAUGCUUAAUAUGUUAUUCUAUGUCUAGGUAGAAAUUACUUCAUAGGCUAAAAAAGAUAUCUUUUAUUUGCACGAGUUAAAAGUAUGUGUGUAAUUUUCUGCAUACACAAGUACUAAAUACAGUGGUGUUGCAUGAACCCCCAUUAUCUAAUUCCACAUUAUAAUUUGCAUAUGCAAACUAAGCUAAUGUAAUUGAAUUCAGAAAAGAGCCGGGAAGACGCACGUGUCAGCAUAUGUUUUUACGCUAAAGUUUAGUGGGACGUGGCUUAGCGGAAAAGUCACAUUUUCGGCCAUCUUAAACCAUAAAAAAAGCAUCCCCAAUUAACUACACCAGACAUUUUAUUCACGGACGUUGACCUCCGAGGCUUAUAUACAUAGGUGGCCCCUUAGCUUAACCACCACUGACUAAGGCAUUGUGAAACCUUACUAUUGUGUAUAAGUAUAACAAUGGUGAUCCUUGUUUAGCAUGUGAAUACAUCAGCUGGUUUUCACACUGAUUAAUAUGAU